AUGGAGAUGACGUCACUUCCAUCUAAAUGUCGACUAAGAAGGCAUGAAAACUUGCCCCAAUUUGGAAUAAUUGAUGAGAUAAGCUCUAGUGAGCUUUUAGUUUUGACGUUUGAGGCCACCGAACUUCAACCUGAAAUGUUUUCUAAAUGCUUCUUUCCGGUAUUUUGUUUGCACAGCUAUAAAGGAAAAGGAAAACUUGUUUUAUAA